AUGUGUGUCUGCCAUAUAACGCGCUGGCUUGUUGUCAUCUGGCUCAUCGUGUCCCUGGUCCAUCUGCAGGCCAAUGCUCUCCUCCAGUACUCCGCUGCUGAACUUUUAAAACUUCGGCACCACGUCCCCGCUCCUCUUCAGCCACCGGAGCGCGGACAUGACAUCCCCCCGGGCAUCGCCUUCCAGCCCCGGCGGCGGUACGUUCACCGUGGAUCACGCCAAGUACAGAAAAGAAAUAACGACGACAAGGUGGCAAGGAUGAUGGACAAGACCUUCGCACUCAGAAGGGAAGAGGUAGUCCGAGAGGCACCCAUGAUUGCAGAUUUCAAAACGAGGUGGCCGGCUCUCUUCCAUGUGCGUGAGGUGAGUUCCGAAUUCAAAAGAAUCACAACGCAUCUACAGUCAAAGUUCUUCGCUGAGCUGGAUGCUCACUCUGCUAAACUGCUCAAGGUGUAUGCCUAG